AUGGCGCUCAACAGGAACCACUCGGAGAGCGGAGUGAUUGUCAACAAUACAGAGAACAUUCUAAUGACCUAUGAUCAUGUGGAGCUCUCCUUCAGUGACAUGGAUCAUAUGACAGAUCCCUUCAAAGGAACCAAGAAAGGCAGCCUCUAUUUAACUCCUUACAGAGUUAUUUUUCUGUCCAAGGGGAGAGAUUCCAUGAAGUCAUUCAUGAUGCCAUUUUACUUAAUGAAGGACUAUGAGAUCAAGCAGCCUGUGUUUGGUGCAAAUUACAUCAGGGGAACAGUGAAGGCAGAAGCAGGAGGUGGUUGGGAAGGAUCAGCUGUUUACAAAUUGACCUUUGCAGCAGGAGUUGCCAUUGAGUUUGGACAGCGAAUGCUACAGGUGGCCUCCCAAGCUUCCAGAGGUGAAGUCCCCAAUGGAGCAUAUGGAUACUCUUACAUGCCCAAUGGAGCUUAUGCUUUUCCCAUGCCAGCUGCGAAUGGAAUGUACCCCAACCCUCCAAGCUAUCCCUAUGCUCCACCUCCACCUGAGUUUUAUCCAGGACCUCCUAUGAUGGAUGGAGCUAUAGGGCAUAUGCAGCCCCCACCACCUCCAUAUCCUGGGCCCAUGGAGCCACCCGUUACAGGUGGCCCUGAUGUACCAUCUACUCCUGCAGCUGAAGCAAAAGCUGCUGAAGCUGCUGCCAGCGCCUACUAUAACCCCGUCAAUCCCCAUAAUGUCUACAUGCCCACGGACCAGCCCCCACCACCUCUGUACUACCCCCCAGAGGACAAGAAGACCCAGUAGAUGCAACUACAGUCUCCUCAUCACUCACCUGGUCCCUUAUUCCCCCAGAGCUGAGUUUGGAUUUGGUGGGGAGG